CCUCAUCAGCAUCAUGAACGGGGUGAUAGUUAACGUGAUGUUUGUUGCGUCUCAAAAUGGUUAGGAGGGGAAGGAUAAUGGAUAAUCGGUUUAUCCACUCCAGCAAAUUUUAAUGUUUAAGACCUUGAAGUAUGCCUUUGUUCCAUGUGCCUCCGAAAGUUAGCUCUUGAGAUGCCUCGGUGCUGCAUUUUCUAGAGCUGGAGAGAUACAUUGUUACGGGCUUAAAAUUUUAAGCGUCGGCUCUCGUUAUACGGUUCUGCUCAUGUCACACAGCGUUGAUGCUGCAGUGACAGUCGAUGCUCUGGCUUCACAUAGAGGCGAGCGGUAAGUUCUCCCCUUCUGCUGCGAAGAAGAAACCGAUUUUGCGGGCACAAUGGCCGGGCGACGCGGGUGUGUGAAUUCACUAUGGUCGGGGAGCGAUCGGGUUCGCAUUGGAGAGCGGCUGAAAGCCACUCUAGCAGGCAUAAUGGAGCUGGACCUUCUCAGAGGACGACAGCUGGAGAUUGUGGAUGCGGUUCUGGACGUGAAUGCAGCAGCGGUCGCUCAGCAGGACGAAAGACAGGAGAGUGCCGCCGCCGCCGCCGAGGAUGGUGCCGCAACCUCCCGCAGGCAGCAGAGUCUGUCCCCAGCAAACCCUGAUCUGCCUUGCAUCAGCGCUACAGGAGAGGGGAUAAGCUCACGCUGGUCCACUCUGUCUUGGGACAUUCCAUCUGAUCUGCUGUCCUCACCCACCCCAGACCUCCCUGGCACUACACCGCUUGACUGCGACUCCAGACCCAGCUCAGGUUUCUACUCUGUCAGUGGGAGUUCUCUGUCUGACUCCUGUUAUUCAGUAUCUAGCGAGGCAGCUCCUGGAGGGUCAGUGAAAGUAGGUUGUAGGCCUCGCUCACUGGAUCAUAGUGUUACUCAUUGGAGGGAGGCUGAAUCUCAGCGUGCAGAAUGUCCUGAGGUGACAGUGGAGAAACAAGACAGAAGGCCCUUUUCUACUGGGGAUCUAGAGAUCAAUAGCCUAAUGUUCCUGACAGACCUGUGUUCCAGUCUGGGAGGGAUAAACCCUGGCUCCCUUUUACCUUCUUCGAACUCCAGUCCACAGCUGGAUCCCAGAUUCUGCUCAGACCUUGUCUCUCGAAAGACAAAAGAGGUCUACCCUUACCCCAGUCCACUCCAUGCUGUGGCCCUCCAGAGCCCCUUGUUCACCUCCUGCCAGGAGCCUUCCCCCACCCGCCUCUCCCCAAGCCCAGAGAGUGACCAACUUGUGGAGCCAGCACUUGAGGAGCCAGCACUUGAGGAACCUCCCAUGAAAAUCCAACCCCCACUCUCUUCUUCCUUUACUCAGCUGGAGCAAUAUAUCAACAGAUUAGUCCGUCAGCAUCACAGCAGGUUGGCAGCUGAAAUUGCCAGUCGUGGACCCCAAAAGAUCAUUGCAGGUGCCAUUUAUGAGGGAGUCCACCCCAGAAGUGCUUCCUCCUCCAGCCUGUCUGGAGGUAGUGUGACUCCAUGUAAGUCUAUACUGGGCAAUUCCGCAAGAGUCAGUCUGAGCAAUAUUGGUAAACAGGCAAGCCGCAAUUCCAUCAACCUUGGAAACUUGCCCUCUGUAACAGGAGAGGAUUUUAACAUCAGCUUCCACUUGAAUCUAAAUUUAAAUCUCAAUCCAAACCUGAACAAAACAUUGAGUUAUGAUGCUAAAAAUGUGAAAGAGGAAGUCUCAGGAUCAUGUGGGCAUCUCUCCGCCAGCAUAGUUACUCCAACUGCCUCCCCUUCCUCUUCUACGUCUACCAUCACCAGCACUCCAAACUGGAGCAGGAGACCAAGGAUCGCCACCUGCCCUUCCUCAGUGAACAAUCGUGGUUCUCUAGAGAUAACUGGAAAGACCUUUAGCCCAAUGGGCUUCUCAAAGUCAUUAGACUGGAGUGGCGCUUCAAGAGAAGAGGCAGGAGGUUGUCCUCCAUCCAAAGUGUCAGAUAGCCCUCCCAAACUCAAUGAGGACUCAACAGUUGUUUGUGAGAUUUCUCGUUUAUCUGGGCUGCCAAGAUCUGUAGUUCUUGGUUUGAUGGAGGAGGGGGUGGAAUUGGAUGCAGAAUGCUUUAGGAGUGAAAGAGAAAGAGGUGUUGGAUCAGCCUCUCCGAGUAAUGUUCCUACACUCCACUCCUCCCGGUCUUCAUUUCAGCAUCCAUUUGGAUUAGAUCGGACUAUGACACCAUCAUCAAAUUUCUGGACAGGAAGUGCAAGCACAGGACAGGACUACAUAUCCCAACAACACCGCCUACAAGUUUCCCACUCAGAUUGCCAUUCGGCACUGACGUCACAGUCAGGUAGCCCUCAUUCUGACAAUUCUGGGCCCACUCCUACUCGUACCUCUCCCAUCUUGCCCUUCCCACAAAAUCAGUCAGACCCUACCUCCUCUCCUGGUUCCUCCCACACUAGAGUACACUCACCUCCUCGCCUACUUUCCAAUUCACCAUUUACUCCUGCCCAGCUAUCAGUAUUUCGGCGUGACUCCCCCUCCCAAUGCUCUCUGCCACGUUUUCACCCAUGUAGUUCCCCACUUGAGGGCCCCAUUCGACCUCGAGGAGGAUCCCUCAGACAGAACGCAGGAACUGGAUGGAGGCCACAAGACAGUGGCUUGAGGAGGAGUGGUGAUGGAGAGAGGCUGUACCAGGGUAAACAUGCUUCCAGAGAGCUUAUCCGAGCAUCCACAGUGAGCAGUUAUUCAGGUAGGGACUACAGCACUGGAUGGGAGGAUGAAAUGAGCACUCCGACAUCUAAAAAGGGUGGAAAGUUUUGGAAGGGGUUUGAAACACGACUUUGGGGGAGAGAGGAAGAAGAUGCUGAGAGAGAUGAGCGGGCUGGUGGAUUCAGUUGGAGGCACACCUCGUUAAAAGAAACGUCAUCUAGUAGGCAGGAACAGAGAGGGAACAACUCAAAAAAGAAAGGUACAAGUUGGGAUGGCCGGAGCUCAAGCCUGCGAUUGUCCAGGCGAGCAUUAUUCCGAAGCGAGUCUCAGGGAAUUCUUGAGCCAAAUUCCCAGAAACGGGAAAACAAUCAGUGGCGUUCCUCCUUUGAAAUCAGCCGUUCAGGACGGGGCUCUGAACGUGGUCGCAAUCUUGUGAGAAUGGAAGAGAAACAUCACUCUUCAACUGCCAGUCUCUUCCAUCUCUCUCGUUCUCAGAGCCUGGAAGGAAGCAGCCACUCGAUUUCUCCUCUUUCCUCCCCAUCCCUCUCUCCCUCUCCACCCCCAUCAGCUCCUCUUACCCGUUCCAGAUCAUUCCGAGACCUUGGAAGGAAAGUCUUUGGAUCUAUGAGGUCCCUUAGUUUCAAUAAAAAUCCGAAAUCAAAAAAGAAAGAUUAAUAUUUAAAGUAUAAAGGCUCAAGUAUGCUUCAGUUUUCAGUGUGCCGGUGUGUCUCGUGCACAGUGCAUGUGACGCAGAUUCCGGACUGUCAAGUGCGCAGCCUAGUUUCUCUAGCCAGCCUGUGUUUUUGCAUGUUGUCUGAGGAUGUGACAGGCAUUGACUGUGCUAAAAGAUUAUCACAAAGCAGUCGCAGUGCAUACGUGUCGAAUUCGUCCUUAUGGGCUUGUGGUCAAGAGUAUAUUUUGAAAGGCGGAACACUCGACUGUGCACGAGACAGAACAGCACAUGGAAAAAUGAAGAAUAACCUUGCCUUGAGAACAUUUCAGAAUGUGAGAAACCAUGCUGCCGAUUUGUCCAAAUUUAAAUUUUUGCUUAUUUAGUUGCUUCUGCAUGCCAUUCCGUGCUGUGUCUCUGUGCACUCUUAUGACCAUAGUGUUGUUGUUUCUAUGAAAAUAUUAUGCUUCUAAAAGCACUAUUCAAAUAUAUGCUGACCAAAUACAAAGAAAGAAAAAUAUGUUGUAUAAACUCUGUGCUCAGGACUUUAUGAUGAAAGAAAAGAAAAUGUUAUUUGAAAUGAUUGUGCUAAAACAUGGAUAAAUAUCAAUA